UGCAUAGAUGUCGUUCUUUGUUUGCUUGAAAGAUAAAACACAAAUAAUACAGCUGUUAAACCUGUAAAAUAUUAGAAUCCAUGACCAGGACUGGUUAUAUAUGAUGCCAAUAGCUUACACUUGCAGCACAACUCACAAGCUUUAAACAAAAUCUGCUGUGCAAGUAUUUUCAAGCCAUGGAACAAGCAACACCUGAUACAUCAGUUGCACUGAUUGUUGGUGUAACAGGAAUGACAGGUUUGAGCCUCGUUGAAGGGCUAAAGAACCCGACAGCCCUUGAUCGCCCGUGGAAGGUUUACGGUGCUGCAAGGAGGCCUAUGCCGGACAGGUUUCCCUCUUCUUUGCUUGAUCGUUACUUAACCUUUGAUGCCCUCGACUAUGAAAAUACGUUUAAGGAACUCUCUCCGAUCGCCCAUGAAAUCACCCAUGUAUUCUGGGUAGCCUUCCAGCUCCAAGAAAGCGAGGAGGUUAACAUCAAUUUGAAUUCAAUGAUGCUGACAAAUGUACUUCAGGUGCUCAGAUCAGCAGUACCUUCCCGGCUAAGGCACCUGACCCUGCAAACAGGUACUAAACAUUAUAUGGGACCUAUAUUUGAUCCUUCACUAGCAAACCAGUUAGUUCAUCAUGAAUCACCUUUCCAAGAAGAUGUUCCUAGAUUGCCUUACCCCAACUUCUACUAUGCAUUGGAAGACCUAGUUGCUUCACAGUCAUCGUUCACCUAUUCUGUGCAUCGCUCGUCGAUAAUCAUGGGUGCAUCCUCAAGAAGCAUCCAUAACGGACUGCUGACAUUAUCUGUGUAUGCCAUUAUAUGCCGGCACCAGGGGUUGCCGUUUCGAUAUCCUGGCAAUCGGUACACCUGGGAGCACUUCUGCGAUAUGACUGAUUCACAGGUACUAGCAGAGCAGCAUGUAUGGGCAGCUGUUAGCAGAAAGGCAAAGAAUCAAGCCUUCAACUGCACUAAUGGUGAUUUUUUUACAUGGAAAAGCUUAUGGAAAGUGUUGUCUGAGAUCUUUGAUGUCCCAUUUGUGGAUUUCGAUGAAACGGAAAAGUUUGACAUUGCUGCAAUGAUCAAGGAUAAAGGAAAAGUGUGGGAUGAGAUUGUGGGGAAGCAUGGGCUGCAAAAGACUAAGAUAGAAGAAGUCACUUGCUUUGAUGCCCUCACUACAGUCCUGAACUUUGAGUUUCAGCAUGUUUGUAGCAUGAAUAAGAGCCGCGAAUUCGGGUUCUUUGGGUUUGCUAACACUCUAAAGAAAAUACCAGUUUGGGUGGAAAGAUUGAGGGAAAUGAAAAUGAUACCCUAAACACAAAGUCAAUACUUUAUUUGUUGCUCAGUAAUAUGGAAGGAGAUGCAAAUGGA